AUGUCUUCCACCCUGAGGAGAGUCUAUCACCUCACCGCGUUCAGCUGGUACGCUUUUGUUGUGAAGACCCUCGCUGCCAAGGAUGGAGAGGAGUUACCAGCAGGAAUCUUUGUUUAUGGAGGACCUUGGAAGUACCUCACGUUUUUGAAUUUGUUAUUGCAGAUGUGUUUCUUUGGCCUGGCAGCAGUGAACGAUCUACAGCCUGGUAAAAAGUCUGAGAAUACUCUGAGCAGAUGUAAAGACCUCCUGUUCUCUGUGUUUGCUUUCCCUGUAGGCAUGUUUGUUGUUCUGCUUUUCUGGACGAUCUUUGCCUACGACAGAGAGUUAGUCUACCCUGCUACUAUCGACACCUUCUUCCCCCCAUGGAUAAACCAUUCUAUGCAUACGUUUGUCAUGCCCGUUUUACUUGGAGAAGUGAUGCUGCAGCCACACAUCUACCCACAGAGGAAACACGCGCUGGCAGCGUUAGGAGGAGUGGGCUUGGCUUACUUAUCUUGGAUUAUAUGGGUGUACUUGUCGGUAGGGAUUUGGGUGUAUCCCCUCCUCGGCCACUUCAGCACGUCUGGUCUGGUUGGCUUCUUCUUCUUUAACAUGUCUGUGGUGACCUUGUUCUACCUGCUGGGGGACAAGCUCAACACCUACGUGUGGAGUAAGUGA